GUCACAGGAGCGUCUCUUCUGUCUUCAUGUAAUUUCACCUUCCCUGUGAAGCUUGUGAUCCUGUUGUUUCCCCUAAGCUGCAGGUGUUGUUUGUGUGCUUUUCUACAUUUUAAACGUCCUGUGCGCCUUGACCGGUACUACACCACAUCAUCGUCAUCUGUAGCCAUGUCGGACUCUGAGGACAUAACGGAGUUUGCCAGCAUUGUGGAGCGAAUCGAGCGCGGCGAGGUCCCGAUCAAGAACAUUGAGAGGGAACUGCUCUGCCCAAUCUGUAAGGAGCUCUUCACCCACCCCCUGAUCCUGCCCUGCCAGCACAGCAUUUGCCACAAGUGUGUCAAGGAGCUGCUGAUGCAGAACCAUGAGGACUCUUUCGAUGCCGGCUCCGAGUGCUCUCUGCCGGGCAGCCCCAGGUCCAGGGUUUCCUCCCCUUCCACGGAGAGGCUAGACAGAAUUGUGAGAUCAGGUGGGUCUCAGGGCUCAAUCUCUUCCCCAGGGUGGCGCAGAGGGUCUGUGACUCCCCGGGUCACCACCAUCCCAUGCCCAGGCUGCCAGCAUGACAUCGACCUCGGCGAGCGUGGCAUCAGUAUGUUGUUCCGAAACUUCACACUGGAGAGCAUCGUCGAGCGCUACCGCCAGGCUGCCCGAGCGGCCGUCGCCAUCAUGUGUAGCAUAUGUAAGCCUCCGCAGCAGGAGGCUACUAAGAGCUGCAUGGACUGUAAGGCUAGCUAUUGUAAUGAGUGCUUCAAGCUGCACCACCCCUGGGGCACACCCAAAGCUCAGCAUGAGUAUGUUGGCCCCACAACAAACUUUAGGCCCAAGGUGCUCAUGUGUCCGGAGCAUGAAAUGGAGAAGGUGAACAUGUACUGUGAGGUCUGCAGACGACCUGUGUGUCACCUAUGCAAGCUGGGAGGAUCCCACGCCAACCAUAAAGUAACCUCCAUGAGCAAUGCCUAUAAGAUUCUCAAGGAGAAGCUGGCCAAGAGUAUCCAUUACCUCAUCAGUAAAGAGGACCAAGUCAGAACUCAGAUUACUGAGAUUGAGCAGCUCAUCAAUCAAACUGAGGAAAAUGGCCAACUAGCAGAGCGUCGAGCCAACGAGCACUUUGAGCGUCUGUUUGAGACGUUGCAGGAGAGGAAAUCGGAGAUGUUGAGGUCCAUCGAACAGUCUCGUGGCCGCCGCCUGGAGCAACUCAAGGCCCAGGUGGAAGAGUACCAAGGCAUGCUGGAGAACAGUGGUCUAGUGGGCUACGCUCAAGAGGUGCUGAAAGAGACGGACCAGUCCUGCUUUGUACAGACUGCAAAGCAGCUGCAUGUUAGGAUCCAGAAAGCCACAGAGUCGCUGAGAACCUUCCACCCUGCAGCUGGCCCCUGCUUUGAUGAGUUUGUGCUGGACACAUCCCGAGAAGAAACUUUGCUCAAAGAGCUGUGCUUUGGUGGAGUUCCAGACCCUCCCCUGAUUGACCUGUCCCAGAGCAGAGUCUAUAAUGAGGCCUCAAUCUGCUGGAGGCUGUCUGAUGAUCACCUACCUACAGAUCACUACGUGCUUGAGUACAGAAGACUUGGAGGCCCAGGCCAGUCUCCAUCCCAGGAGGAUGGUGAGGACAGCAGAGUCUGGAGGGCUACAGACAGGGUAUAUGGUCCCAGCACUGUAGUGUUUGACCUGGACGCUGACAGCCUGUACACCUUCAGGGUCAGAAGCUGCAGAAACUCCAUGUUCAGCCCCUAUAGUCCUGAGGUCACCUUCCACACACCACCUGCACCUGCUUUCAGUUUUCUGUUCAGCGACAAGUGUGGCUGCAGCACGGAGCGACUCAUUCUGAACGAUCGACGUGACACUGUGGAGAGCAUAGCUGGCAUGGCCUUCCUCCUCGCAGCAGAACGUGUGCAGACAGGCAGCUACAUCACCCUAGACUACAUAAUAGGGGACACGGGCAUCUCUCAGGGAAGACACUAUUGGGCCUUCAAGGUGGAACCAUACUCCUACAUGGUUAAAGUUGGUGUGGUGUCUGACUCGAAGCUGGUGGAAUGGUUUCACAAUCCUAGAGAUACCAGCAGCCCAAGGUUUGACCAUGACAGUGGACAUGACAGCGGCAGUGAGGACGCGUGCUAUGACGUGUCCCAGCCCUUCACCCUCCUCACACUGGGCAUGGGAAAACUCUUCAUCCCCAAGGCCACGUCGUCAUCCUCUGUUUCUACCGCAAACGCAUCGUCCGGUGACCCUGGCAAGCGUGUGCUUCCCAUGCCACUGCGCUUGGGUGUAUGCCUAGAUUAUGACACGUGCCGGGUGUAUUUUUAUGAUGCUGACAGCAUGAGGUGCCUUUACGAGAGGCAGGUAGAUUGUUCGGGAAUAAUGUAUCCAGCCUUCGGCCUCAUGGGAAGCAGCAAGAUUCAACUGGAGGAGUUGAUCACCACUAAAAAACUGACCUUCUAAGGAGGUGUGGAGUUUACUGCUUUAGGACUUAUUUAAUCUUGGCAUGUUCUAGAAAGAGCUGGUUUUAUUGACAGGGUGAUAGAAUACAAUCCAGACUGAAUGUCAGCAGAGGCAAAUGUGAUCAGGACCUUUGGUCUAGAUGUGAAAAUGGGAUCUCUGCCAGAGAUUGGCCUGUAUAAUGGAUGAUCCACUGAUGAUGAUGAUGAUGACACUGAAUCAGUGUCCACAUACAGAGGUCUUGAGAAAUUGGUAUAAAUGUGAAAGGUCUACAUACCAAAGUCUCUGCAUCUGAUAAUUGUCUUUGACCUGAUUUUUUAAAUUCUGCUGCGUUAAACUAUUAACCACUGGCUACCAAGUUAAUCUGCUGCCAGUCUUCAUUAUUUUAACAUGAAAUGCCUUCCAUCUUACACUUUUUCUUUUGCUAGAUUUAAGAUAAAGUUGUGUGUAUUGAGUGGUUCGUGUUUCUGUAACUGUUUAAACAUAGCAGCAUAGGUUUAGAUGUAAUCUUAAUGUCUGGACCUGAGCCUUGUGACCGCUUUUGAAGCUAGUGCCUUUAUUUAAUUUAUUUUCUAAGGAAAUUGGUCACUUUGUUCUGUCAAGCAGAAGUUGUCAUUGCACAAGCAUUACAGAAAUGCUAAUAAGCAUAAAUACUUGGUGGUUUCAGACCCUGGUGUCAAAGUUAAUGGUUCAUUAUGACUUAUUUACCUUAUUACAGAAACACUACUUUUGCUUUGUGCUCUUUUGCACAAUAUGGUAUGAAGCAUUACAUGAUAAACUACACAAUCUCAUUUUGAUCACGCCUUAGUUUGAUUCUUCACUUCAAAUGGUGCAGACAUGCUAUAGUCAGCAUAUUCUCAUUUUGUCACGCUCGAGCAUUCACCUUCACUAACAUAAACCUGAAUCUAGGAGUAGCUGCUUGCAUUUAAAAGCCUCUCACUGUUUGCACUCUCCUGUGCCACAGCGCUGAAUGUGACAUAAAAUAACAAAGCCUAAAGCUAGCAGGUAUGAUACCAUGUAUUUGCAGUCAACAUCACUUUGACUAUUAAUGGCUGCAUCUGUCAAAGCUUGUUUGGAUACUGGUGCUGACUUGAGUGUUGCACUCUUUGUCUUUAAAGUGCUAUAUAGCUAGACUUGCUCAGUGCAACACAGCUUUGUGGCCUCACAGCUGUUAAACAGUUUACAAAGAAUGCAGUAAUUCAGGUUCUUACAAGAAGUGCUAUUGCAAAACACUGUUCACCACUCUUUGCUAUCAACACCACCGUUUACUUGUAGUACAGUGACAUGAAGUGUAGCACGUUAGCAUCUCACUAGUGAGUUUGGCUCUGACACCUACAAGUGGUUGAGUUGGCUUUGAUUAAAUUAGCUCGGAUGUUUACGCAAGUCUGGACUGUUUGCUGGACAACCGCACUUGGCUUUAUGUAGACUGGAUUUAUUUAGAAGUUCAUGUACACAAUAUUUUGAUAAGGGAAUCAUUUCCUCAGGUUUUUGGCCCUGAUAGGGGCCCAGUGCUUCCUACCAUGAUCCAUCAGGCCUGGGAAAACCUUAACCGAUGUACCUUUCCUCACAUAAGUUUGACUUGCAGCUUUGUUCAUAGGUCCAAUAUCUUUACCUUCUCUUUAAUGGCGCAUUAUAAGCUUUUUUUUUUUUUUUUAAGAUUCUUUGUACAUAGUAUUUCCACUGAAAUAAAUUAUGUCUUAUGUUAUAGUUGGUGUUUGCUAGUGGACACGACUGUUGUGAUUGCUGUAUGCAGAUGUUUCAGCUGCUUUUGUCAAUUGAGUGUCACAUGGCACUUGUUCGUCCUUCUACAUGAAUUGGGUUGGAUUAGUUAACUUGUAUUGGUUAUAGGUUAUGGAACACAUUGGGUUUUGUUUUGGGGCAAACACAUGUUCCUACGUUUAGCUGGACAGAAGUAGUCCAGUCCCAACAGUGUUGGUGUGGGGGGGGGGGGGGGUGGGGGCGGGGUGCAUAUUGCGUCUAAUGUGUUACUGUCAAUUAUUUUCACUGCGAUCUUCAGACUUGAACCCUGUUUUCUGAAUUUUAAAAUUGUUUGGACAUCUUUUAAAACCACAAACUGAUGUAUAGUUUUAUUUUUAUUAAAGAAUGUAUGUGUUAAUUACAGAACACAUAGCUGAA